UCAAUAAAGAGGGGAGAAGUUAGCUGUGAAAAGCCCGUUGUUGUCUGUCUGGGCGGGGAGCGUCAUUUUGUGUUGGUUUUGCAUUAAUCGAUAUUAUUGGGAAAUAUAUAGGAUUACUUCUUGAGUAUACCAGUAUAUAGUGACCAGCAUAACGGAGUGCUAAACAACCAUCUGUACCUUACCUGAUAUUGAUAAUACACAUGUAAGACUGUGUCAAUCCUAGCGAAAGUAAUUGCGAGAUUGCAGGACUGGGCUUGACACAGGGAUUCUUAUUCAGACUCGUGGAGAAUCGCAAAUCACAAUUUGAGAACCAUAAACGUAAUCAUGGUUGCGGUGAAAUGGAAUGACAACGUGGAAUUAUAUUGAAUAUCUCGAAUAAAUUUUGGAGGACAAAAUAUAAUCAGGUGAUGGCGGGUGCUAAAGGCUUCAGCAGUGACUUCACAAGCGGUCAUGACCGAUGGCUUGCUCUGCAGCAGGUUAGCCAGAAGAUCUUGAGUCGAGCUGGUACCCUCAAUAGCAUGGAAGAUCGCGAACUUGAGCGGGUAACCAGACAAUUGAAAUUCAAGGAGCAUCUGAAGCAGACACAGUACGAGUCAACAGAGAAGCAACUGAAGUCGAACUUGAAAGACCACUUCCUAUACAAUGCAGCUUUACAACAAAGCGUCCGCGCCAAGAACAAGGCUCGAAAGCGCCCUCAAUUCUUACCAAGUAUUCCCGCGACGGCGGAGAUGCGGCCGUUCGGUCGUUACAGCGGGCGAACCCAUUCCAGAAUGGUGUCGGCGAUGGAUCGACUCGAUCACAAGUUCUCGCAUCAAGAGGAGGAAAAGACGGCCAAGUUGGUCAUCGACUGUCGGACAGAGAGCGAAGUUAAUAUCAACAGAACUCUGACAACCGAACAGAUACUGGAUGCCAAAGGCAUGCCGCUCUCUGAGAGGCUUACUUUUGAGAGUGUGUCAAGAUUUCGAGAGUUGAUCGGAAACGCUAAAGCACACGCAGUCAUCGACAGACUGCGGAAACGAAUAGCAGACAGGAAAGAGAGAGAAAAAGGAAUGAAAGUUCUCAAAAGAUCGAAGGGGCUUUUUCAAACGGAGUGAUCACCUUUCAAGCUAUUUGUUUGUGAAAGUAUGACUGAAGUAAUAUGUUUUAUAAAUAUGUUUUGUUUAUCUGAUGUCAUGAUGAAUUCGAUAACGUCCAUGAACGAAUUUUAGUCAGCAAAUUAUGAAAUAGAAAAAGUAAGAAUUUUGACUUUUCUUGAUCUCAGAAUGCUUGAGCGUCUUACCAUGGUAGCUUUAUUAAAGCCGGGCUGAUAAUAUUAUUGCAGGGUUCUCAGAAAGAUAAGUAUUUAUACUGAUGAUGCUACCCUGGGUAAACAAGACAUAUAAUCAUUAUUAUUUUAUAUUAUGAUCAUUAUGCUUAUUAUUAUCAUUAU